AUUCACCGCCUUCCUUCAGAUGAACCGACUCAAAAGGCAACUUCCCUGCCCUUAAGCAACCUCUUUUCUUCCCUCACCCUUCGCACCCAGACUUCCUUGCCACAUAUUUCCUUUAGCAUCAUUCCAAACAUGGAUCAGACUACGGGCCCUGCAGAGCCUGAACAGCCCGAAAAUGCUGGACCAUCUGGUGAACGGAGACCUUCCCGACCCUCUGAAGACCCUAGCCCAUCGAAACGCAACAAACGCACCAGAUCGUCUAAGAGUCAAUCGGAGAAGCAGUAUGACAAGUCGAAGCCUAGGAAAAUCCGCAAGAAGAGUAAAGCAUCAGAUACUGAAGAUGACUCGAGCGAAUCAUCCGGCUCCUCUCCAGAAGGUCAGGCCUUGACUGACAACUCAAACUCAUCAGAGAGUGACACUUCCUCCCCCAGCCGAAAGAGCAAGAAGAAGUCUAAAGCUAAAGCGGAAAAGGUGGAGGCCAAGUCGAAGGCGAAACAACCGAAGAAAGGCAAGAAACCAGACAAGAAGGCCAAGAGGAAAGCGGAAACCACUGAAGAAUCGUCGGACUUGGACGAUGACCUGGCAGUGCUCGAUGCUGCUGGGAAGGAGAAGCUGAUUCAAGAAACGAAGAGUAGAUUACGGAAGCUGCAGAAAUCGCAGCUGAUUCAGGAAGAUCAGGGAGAAUCAAGCACGAUUCGAGGCCAGGCAGAUUACUACACGACCAACCUCAACGACCUUCAGGCGGCUCUGCACGGUCUUAACUUUGCCGCCUCUUCUCCCUCUUGCCUGGUUAUGUUCCAGCCACCACAAGCUCAGACGGUCCUUGGAAACCUCAUCGCUCCUGGCUCUUCCGCUGAUAAAGCGAAGAAUGACGCGGAUCCCUUGUCCGACGACUGCAGCUCGGUGCAGGAGCUUCGAGAAGCCAAGCAGAAAAAGAGCAAGAAGAGCAAGAAGAGCAAGAAGAGCACUCACACCAAGAAGAGCAAGAGCGGUUCGAAGUUGGAAUACAAGCGAGUCGAUCAGCUGUGGGACCCCAAAAUCCACCAGUACAAGCUCACUGAGACGGUCAAGAAAACUGGAGAAAAAGCAUGGGACAAGUACAUAUUCAUUGUCCGCCGCAGAUUUAGCCCGAAUGGGCAAUACACUGGAACGCUCGUGGAUAUCAAAUCGAAGCCACUCAAAGAAUGCUUGAAAUUCGUAUUGAAAGAUGUUUCUGGCGUCAGCUUGUUGGAAGGGACACCUCAUCUCGACCCCCAAACACUCUUUCUCUUCCUCGAAGAUCUCGUAGAUUACUGGAAUGACCUGUUGGAGGCUGCUGAAGGCUACAAUAUGCCAAAUGUGCCUGAUGGACUUACGAUGCAGGAAGUGGCGCUGCGGGCCAAACACCUUGCCUUGAUGAUUGAAUUCCUGGAAAACGACUUCGAGGAAACCAAAAAGAGCCUGGAGCCACUGCUGGAGAAGAAGAUGAUCACCUGGGACCUCCUAUGGGCUUUGUUCAAGCCAAACAGCAUUGCCUACGCCCCCACCUAUGAUGAUCACGACGAGCCACGAGCUUUCAAGGUUGAACUAGCCAGCAAAAUGAGUCACUUCACGAAGGGGACAUGGUACAAUAUUGACGGGAAGUACCUUGACUAUAACGGGAAGACGUUUGGCAUGGCAGCGGUCGCUAUGGAAGUACCUGAGUUUCAAGGUGCUCGCUCAAUUACUUCGCUCGAAUGCUACCCUCUUGAAUAUCACCAGGACGCCGGCGAACUGAAGGCCCGGCUCAUUGAACGAGGAAAACAUUUCGUGGCUCUGAAAGGCAUGAACUACCGCUUCUACAACGGCUUGGCAUUCACCAAAACUAAGAAGGGAAUGUUGAGAAUCAAUGUUGAAGGACGGAUCAUGGUCGACGCAGCUGUCCAUCGCCGUAUCAACCCGAAUUAUCAUCUCACCACAUUCAAAUCGAAGGGUCUCAUAAUCGGGUUUGGCGAUCAAAUAUUGGAUAGCAGCCGCGACGACACCCCUUCGGAGGACGAUGCAGACAAGCAAGAAGUACGUUCCGAAAAUUCCUUCACUGAAAAGAAGAGGUAUCGCCUGAUCAAGACGCCGGAUGGUAAGCACACAAUUGUCGACAUCGGGUCUCAACAAGACACCACUGCUGGUCAGGAACAGCCGUUGGCUGAUGCCAAAGAUGACGACCAUUCUUUCACCCAAGAGGAGCUUCUGGUGGCUUGCCCUGUCGUUUUCGGCUUCUCUUUCAACGAAAAGAUGUGGCUGGAAUUCAAAGUCUCUGGUAUAUCUGAGGUUGUUUUCAACGAUCAGGCUUUUGAGUCUUUGGUGCUUCCCGAAAAUCAGAAGUCGCUUAUCAAGGCAUUGGUCUCUAGCCACGCUUUUCAUCCUCACAAGAGCAUUGACGACAUCAUCACCGGGAAAGGUCGCGGCCUGGUAGCGGUCCUUCACGGUCCUCCUGGUACUGGCAAGACCCUCACUGCGGAAGGCAUUGCCGAUCUUUUGAAAUGUCCGCUGUACAUGGUCAGUGCUGGAGAUCUGGGGACGGAUCCUACUCGACUCGAAAAGGAGCUGCAAACCAUUCUUGACAUCGCUCAUAGCUGGGGCGCUAUCCUCCUCCUGGACGAGGCUGAUGUCUUUCUUCAAGAACGGGCUCUUUACGACAUUCAUCGCAAUGCCUUAGUCAGCAUUUUUCUCCGUCUGCUGGAGUACUUUCAAGGCAUUCUUUUCUUGACCACGAACCGAGUACGCACAUUUGAUUCGGCUUUCAUCUCUCGAAUCCACCUCUCACUACACUUUCAGAAUCUCAAUACCAAAGCGAAGAGAUCCGUUUGGAAGAUCUUCAUCGAUCGCGUCAAGAGCCAGGAAGGGAUGGACGUUGCACAGAUCACCGAGGCUGAUUACACCGACUUGGCUCGUCGAGAUGUGAACGGUCGUCAAAUCAAGAAUAUAAUACGUGCAGCCCAUGCGCUUGCUAUCCACGAGAAUGUAGCACUCGCCAUGGAACAUAUUCGACGCGUGAUUGAUGUUGCAGAGAGUUUCGACGUUGACUUCAAGGGCGGUAUCGGUUACAGCGAGGCCAUGAGAAGUUACACUUGAAGCGCUCACGGUGUCCUUGUAUGAGACUGCUCACGGUGCCACACGCCAGACAGAAUUUGGUUUUGCUUUCGGGUCAUCGUAUUGUUGACUUUUAUGCUACGCGCAUGAUUUGCAUGAUUCUCCCUCUUUCUUUCCCUCGGCAAAGCCAUAAUCCUCACCAAGGUCGACCCGACAAAAGUUUGUUAAGAUGUGGAUUGGAUAUUCAGGUCAUUCUUUUCGACUCGACGAUUACAGGUUCAUGAAAUUGGAAAUGCACACCAUCGGAAGAGGACGUUAGCAGGUAUGAAUUGCUGAGCAUGGAGUCAACCGGCAUCGUUGAUAGCAUGAACCUCAACAAGGCGAAGGCGUAUUGGACUAAACAAGCAUUGAUGCAAGCUCUUCUAGUGG